AUGAAGGAGGCCGGCGACGGCCUGAGCUGGGAGGAUAUCGGGAAAAGCCUCAAUCGAGGCAAAGGCGAAUGCAAAAGCCGGUGGAAAGUAACCAAAGACCAGCCUCUGCAAGACAAGUCAUUAGAAGACGAGGCAAAGGAGACCGGAGGGCAAGGAAAGCAUGCGCCGACCGAGGCCAAAGCCGCAGCAAAGGACCACGAUUCCCAGGCUUCGGCACCAGCGAACGAAAAGGGCGAGACAGACGGCGCCGCAAACGGGCUUCUGCGCUCAUCGUUGGAAGACUUAACCGAGCACGAGCGUCAGAAACAGUACUGGCGCGAGCACAUUGGCCGCCACCUCUACCCAGCGUCCAUCAGGGUCGAGCCCGACGCACACUUUUCGCAGAGCGACUGCCUCGUCCUCGAGAUGAUUGAUGCGCGAUACCAGAGCAUGCGCUGGCAGGAGGCCCAGGCACGCUUUUACAACGAAACGGGGCGCAUGGCCCCGCUCGAAGUAAUUCGCAGAAAGUGCGAGGAUGCUGCGGCCAGGACCGAAGCCGACAUUUCGGGCUGGCUGGACAGCAUUCCAGAUUAA